UCGGACUUAUCGAUAGCUUUUAAGCUCUGGCAUCUCAAAAAGAUGGACUUCACAUUCAACUGCAAAAGAAAGCGAUGUCCGUACAAAAAUUACAAUUUCGCGCCGUUUCCCACAGGUGAAAUUUGCCAGGGAGUCUUCAAUGGGCUCUCUGUGGAAGUAACUGAUGCGCAGCAGGGCAGGUCACUGUAUGACAACGGCUGUUAUGGCAAGGGAAGCAAGUCCCGAGGAGGACCGGCGUCUGGAGAACAAGAUGAGACUCUCCUCCUGGGCUUGGAAGAGUCCUGUUUUCUAGCCUUCUAUCUGGGAAAGUUGGAAAUUAAAUCCCUAUCCGGGGAUACCAUGGAUUGGGAGACAUUCCUGAACGCAGCCAAGGAACUGAACGAGAGAUUCUUGGAUAACUUGGCUUGCUAUUUGUAUCUGAAGGCCAAAAAUUGGGUGAUCAAGAGCGGCAUCAAGUUUGGCGGCGACUUUCUUAUCUACAAGGAAAGCCCUCGUUUGUAUCAUGCUAGCUUCCUGGUUAUUGUUCAGACCUCCGAUGAUGGGGAUUACUACCAACCAAAGAACCUUAAAGGAGUGCAACGUGUGGCGGAAACGUCCGACAAGGAUGUCCUCAUACUAAGAGUCUCCCAACCAAAGGAAAUAACCACUCCCGAAGACAUCCAGGAAAUCACAGUGACAGAAACAAUUGUGCGGCGUUUCAAUUACUCAUCUUUUGUACAAAGCAAACAACAUUAAGGAACUACAAUGCAGAAUGGACUACA